AUGGGCCGGCUGAUGGCUGCUGCAGGAGUAGGGUACACCGCCAUCAACGUCGCCAUGGGGAACACAAGGGCUGCGCCGUACAGCUACUGCGUCGACGCCCACGCUGGGUUGGAUGCCGAUAUCGUGUCUUGGUCCUUCGGUAUGGAAAUUGCCACGUUACCCUGCGAGGAAGCGGCUGCCGCCGUAGAGCUCUUCGUAAGAUCUUCGCUAGUCCUUCCCAGGAGGCCAGCGAUUCUAGUGCUCGACGCACAGGCUGACCAAGGCGCCAAGGGCCGACUAGAGCUGCUGAAACACAGAAACCGAAGGUUUCUGGGCUACUGCAACGGGCCAAAGCGCAACCUCAUGGAAGCGUACCGUGACUUCGGAGUCCACAACAUCUUCGCCAGUUCCCUGAUUUUGGAGCACGCCGCCGGAGACGAGCGGUUCGCACACGAAAUCCUCUACGCGGCCGGAAAGCACUACCCCAGGCCAAUGAAGUGGCAUCCCGCGCCGGCUGGGCACGAACUCGUGGCAGACAUGCUCUUCAUGCACUACGGCAAGCUGUUCCUUGAGGCCAUCGACCUUCUCGAGCAAGCGUCGCCUGGCCUGACCGCGGCUGAGCUCCGAGAUAAAAACGAGCAGCCAGGACAACAGCCGCAACAAGAGGGAUCUCGAGAAAACGACGGUAGAGGCAGCAGCGACCACGGGACCAUUUCGAUGGAAGCACUUCGAGAAGCUGUGGGCUUGGCGAGGGACAAUCCGAACGUGUUCGUCAGACGCCCGGACGGCAAGCCCAGGCGGGGAGGCGGAGAGGGUGAAGAACCUCCGAUAAGACCUCCGCCAACUGAAUGUUCUUACAUGGCUGGGGGGCGAGGACGCGGAGUGCUGCCACCGGCGGAGUGGUGCUCCGGGGCUCACUGUCAGGGGGCCGGCAACUAUAGAUGUGCCAACACCUACUACCCGUUGGAGGGAAACCAAGGAUCUAGGCUCCUGGACAUGGUCGUGUCUGAUUCCGAUGGCGAGGGGGAGGGGGGGGGCGAAAACGGUGACCCUGGAAACCCGGUAGGUCUAUUCAGUCGUGACGAGGAGAAGCUGAGGGCGUCUCCUUCCGAAGGACGCUGGGCGGUGACACUCAACGAGGUGAAGGCGGAACGUAAACCCUCCACGUGUAUUGACAACGGAUGCAUUGAGCAGGGCAAGAGGAUGUUGGUGUUGUGGAGCGCUCGGUGCGCGGGUACCGUACGCACGUGA